UCACGGUUGCGUUUGCUUGACCAUGUCUGUUUCUAUUUCGACUAAUCGAGUUGUUCCGCAAGGUGCCGAACCCGACGAACCGUCCGUCGACUCGCACUUCGGGAGAGCUUCCAAGCCGUGCUCUGACGAGAAGCAGCAAAAGAGAACUGCCAAUUGUCCUAUUGACCGCGGUAAUCGUCGACGCAUGAUCCGCGGUGCCGAGCUCGUUAUACGCCGCCCUCGACCGCCUCGACUAGCACCCACCGAUGAGGAAGAGGCUGCUCAGCGAGUAGCCAUAUCCCCCACGGGCCGAGUGAACGCAGAUGCCCUUACGAAGAAAUGCGUUGAUGAACUCGGCGACGACAGUGCUAUUCCCACACCAAGCACAAGCACCGACUCUCCCGCAUCAAGCAAAGAGGGAAGUCUGAAUUCCUCCAUGUUGGAGUACCUCUUAUUCGAGCUCUCAUCCUCAUCAUCCGCGUCUGAUCACGACACCGACGAAGUCCUUUUCGAUGGUUUCAUAUCGGAUGAUGAUACUCCUCGUUGAAUAAUCGAUUAAUCUAUUCCCCAUCCGUGAUGUUGUUCCGAUGCGAUUACUUAUCACCGUCACCACCAUCGCAUCAUAGUCCUAUCUCGGAAGAGAAGCCCAUCGUUUGAGUCCUGCUUGUGUAGUAGUAGUUGCUGCCUGAUUACAGGUUUGAUCACUCCUCGAAUUUGUGCUGUGAGGCACUUUGCACA